AUGAUCUAUCUAACAACUGGUACCCCAACACCCAUUGAUCCCUCAAAAACUCUGAAAGAGGUUCCGGUCUCUGUCUGCAGUCAAAGCUGCCCUCCUGGGUCCAGACGAGUGGGGAGAAAGGGAGAGCCUGUCUGCUGCUUUCAAUGUGUCCCUUGUCCACAAGGAGAGAUCUCCAAUCAGACAGACUCAGUUGACUGUUUUAAAUGUCCGUGGAACCAAUGGCCAAAUCUACAGAAAAAUAGAUGCCUCCAAAAGACCAUAGAGUUUCUCUCCCAUGAAGAAGCUUUGGGUGCAACAUUAACAGCUUUUAGUGUCUUCUCUUCCAUAAUCCCCAUCCAUAUAUUUGGUCUUUUCUUCCGUUAUAAGAAUACCCCAAUUGUAAAAGCAAAUAAUUACAAUCUAAGUUGUCUUCUUUUGGUUUCCCUAUGCUUCUGUUUUCUUAGCUCCUUGGCUUUCAUUGGUUACCCAAUGCCUGAGAAAUGCCUGCUGCGCCAGCCUGCAUUUGGCAUGUUUUUUACCCUAUGUGUGUCUUGUAUCUUAGCCAAAACAAUCAUGGUUGUUUUUGCCUUCAUGGCUACAAAACCUGGUAGUAGCUUGAAGAAAUGGACAAAACCCAAGGUGGCCUACAUGAUUGUUGUCUUCUCCUCCUUCUUACAGUUUUUAUUAUGUACCUCUUGGUUACUUUGUGCCACUCCUUUUCCAGAACACAACACUCAAAUGCAAUCUGGGACCAUCAUUGUUGAAUGUAACGAAGGUUCAAAUACAGCCUUCUGGUGUAUGUUGGGAUACCUUGGCUUCCUGGCCACCAUCAGUUUCAUUGUUGCCUUCUUGUCUAGGAGACUUCCAGACAGCUUCAAUGAAGCCAAGUUCAUCACCUUCAGCUUGUUGGCAUUCCUCAGCGGCUGGGUGUCCUAUAUCCCAGCUUCUCUCAGUGCCCGUGGAAAGUACACGGUGGCCAUGGAGAUCUUUGCCAUCCUAUCUUCAAGUUGGGCAUUAGUGGCCUGUACGUUUGUUCCAAAAUGUUUCAUUAUAUUAUUCCGGCCUUACCUGAACUCCAAGGAACAACUAAUGGGAAACACUAGAGGGUGA